UGGGGCCAUGUAAAAAAGUACGAGUAAUUGACAAAAUAUCCUCCAAGCUGUCCAAAUUCAUUUUGUGAGCUGCCGUCAGGGGGAAGCUUAAGGAUCAAAUUCAUUCUAGACAGAGAGGGGGAAGAGUGCGUGGGACUGUUUGAGAAUAUUUCUGUUUCUUCUGUAAGAGCGAGAGAAACAGGAAAGUAGUUGGGGGCAUGAAGAUCACGGCGUUGUUGGUGCUGAAAUGCAUCGAGGGGGCGGAUCCGGUGAUCCUAGCAAACGCAUCGGACGUCAGCCAUUUCGGGUACUUCCAGAGAUCAAGCGUCAAGGAAUUCAUCGUAUUUGUCGGUAAGACCGUCGCCGGACGGACCCCUCCUGGCCAACGCCAAUCUGUCCAGCACGAAGAGUACAAGGUGCAUUCCUAUAACCGAAAUGGCUUGUGUGCAUUGGGUUUUAUGGAUGAUCAUUACCCGGUUCGAAGUGCGUUUUUCACUGCUAAACCAGGUCAUAGAUGAGUACCAAAAAAAAAUUUGGUGAGUCGUGGAGAUCUGUAAAACCUGAUGAUAGCAUUCCAGAGUGGCCCUAUUUAGCUCAAGCCUUGACUAAAUUUCAGGAUCCUGCAGAAGCUGACAAACUGUUGAAGAUUCAGAGGGAGUUAGAUGAAACUAAAAUUAUUCUUCACAAGACAAUCGACAGCGUUCUAGCACGGGGUGAGAAGCUUGACAGUUUGGUUGAGAAGAGUUCUGAUCUGAGUACAGCUUCACAGAUGUUCUACAAGCAGGCUAAGAAAACAAACAGUUGCUGUACAAUUUUGUAGAACAAUUGCUAUAACAAAAAUAGAUCAAGCAUCUGGACUGCAUUUGCAUCAUUGCUCCAUAUGAAGAAGUGUCACAAGGGUUGUUUAUAUAUAUAUAAUCUGUUUUAUAAUUUAUGUCUGCUUGAAUUCUUUUAACUUGCCUGUACCCGUGCAUCAGAAUGAUCUAAUAUUCAAAUAUUUGUUUUUUUAUGUUUUACAAAUAGUCAUAUAAGGUAGAUGUUUGCAAUAAUAUUUGCCACUUGGUGGAUAUAAGGUUUAUGCUAGUGUUUGUUCAUGUGUGGACAUAAAAUGAAUCCUUUUGCGUUUCCAGUUUACCUAUUACAGAACAUAUCCACUAAAAGCAACUCGUAAACAUUCCCACUACCCUAGAGUAGGAUUGACGCUGUCUGAUUCUUAAAUCUUAACUGCAUUUCUGG